CUACCACAACAGCUAAUAAAACAACAAAGACUAACAAAAAAAAUACUGCUUAAUAGCUGUUGCCAACAGGUUAAUAACGAUAUUGUACAUACGAUUUGAGCACAGUUUCGGCACGGGUUUCAAACGGAUGAGUUGUCUCAACUCUACAACUAAAAACAAAAGCGGAUAAACUUGAAACCCCCCAUUUAAAUCAAAAAUUAAAAUAAAAAACAACAACAAUAAACCUAAUUCAACUGAAAAAAAGUGAACAUUAUUGGAAAUAAUAAAACAAAAAAAUACCUAAUAAUUUUUGUGUAUAAACAACAAGAGAAACCCCCUAAAAAUACAAAAUAAUAAAGAAAAAAUUGUAAAAAUACUGCUGCAUAUAAUUAUUUAAAUCAGUAAAAAGCUUGUUUUUUAUUAAAAAUAAAUUAUAAAUGAAAAAGAAUUCAAACAGAAAAAAAGUGUAAUAAAAAAAGUAAAUGCCCUUAGAAGUGCAGGGAGAGUGUGUGUAUUAAAAAAAAACUGAUCACCAGCCAUAGACAAUUUAAAACUAUUGUUUAAUAACAACAUUAACAACCAAAAAAAAAAAAGAUCGUUAAAACAUCGAUCGUUCGAUUGCGUUGUUUUGCGUUUUAUUACAUGUUCAAAGCAACAACAACAACAAAAAGCGGUAGUAGCAGCAAACGUAAACAACAACUACAUCAACAGAAAUUUCAUAUUGUCUGGCUUAUGAUUUUAUUUUAGCCAAAAUUUUGUUUGAAAUUAUUUAUAAACAAAAAAAAUAUUCAAUUCCACACUGAAUAAAGUGGAAACAAAAUUUAAAAAAUAAUUAAAACGAUCUGCUUGAUCGCAUUUAAAAUAAAAUAAAGUGUUUGUCUGUCGUCGUCGUGUUUUUGUUUUAAGUAGUUUUUCGGUUUUAACAAGUGGCUGACUGGCUGUCUCACUGUUUGAGUUUGGCUUUUGCGGUUUUUCUUAACAAUUGGCUUUAUUUAAAAAAUAAUUUAUUAAAGCUAAAAGCAAAAUUAGAAAAUUGGUACCAGUCUAGAGCCAUUCACCAAAUUCAAUGGAAUAAACCCCUCUUUUUUAUUAAUAAACAACAACAAAAAUUGCAAUAUUUACAAUUUUAUUACAACAAUAACAACAAAUAGCCAAAGAAACUUAAAACACAACAAAAUAAUCAUGAAUAUUUUUUCAAAAACUCCCGUGUAAUUACAACGUGUUGGAAUUUUGGUUUUUUUUAACUACAACACAAACAAAUUAAAUAAAAUAAGUAUUAGAGGAAUAACAAAAAAACAGGGAAUUAAUAAAACAAAUAAAUAAAUUAUUUAGAGAAACAACAAAAAUGCAUGACGUUAACAAGAUGGCAUAGCAAUUUCAAACUCCCAAAACCAAAAGCAAUUGAAAUAAAAAGUGUUUGAAAAUAUUUAAUAGCCUGGUUAAAAAGGCACGUGUUAACGUUUAAAACAAAAUCAUAUUUAAAUCAAUUAGAAAUCUCUAAAACUUUGUAAUGUCUAAAAGAGUUUGAUGGUGGGUAAACACUUGUCCAAAUUCAGUUCAACAGUGACAGUUAAAAGUGUAACAACAACAAUAAUCACAUCAUGACAGUUUCCUAUGCUGGUGAAGUGCCCAAUGGCAGUAGUUUUGGCUGUUUUUGGAAAAUUCUAUGGAAGUGGCGUGGCAGUGUCUAUAAAUUAGUAUGGCGUGAAUUAGUGGCGUAUUUAUGUUUAUAUUAUACUAUAAAUUUUGUAUAUAGAUUUGCUUUAACCGAACAACAACAAAAAAUAUUUAAUAAGUUACGAUCAUAUUUUGGUCAACAGGGCGAAAGUAUACCCAUGUCGUUUGUGCUGGGUUUCUAUGUGAAUCUGGUGGUGAAACGUUGGUGGGAACAAUAUAGAUUAUUGCCAUGGCCCGACACCUUGGCUCUAUUUAUAAGUGCUGCAAUACAAAAUUCAACUGGUGGAGUAAAUAACGAAACCGGCCGCCUGAUGCGUCGCAACAUUAUGCGCUACAUGGUGUUGGCCUAUGUCAUUACAUUACAACGCAUCUCGUUGCGUGUCAAACGUCGUUUUCCCACCACUCAACAUCUCGUGGAUGCUGGUCUCAUGCACGAGUCCGAAAUGAAAAUCUUUGAGCAUUUAAAUGCAAAAAGUCCCAUGUCCAAAUAUUGGAUGCCCCUGGUUUGGGCUACAAAUAUUAUAAAUCGUGCUCGCAAAGAUGGUCUCAUAACGUCCGAUCAUAUUGUGCAAACGAUCCUGAUGGAAUUGUCGGAUAUAAGACGACGUUUGGGUGGUUUGAUCGGUUAUGAUACUGUGUGUGUGCCAUUAGUUUAUACGCAGGUUGUAACAUUAGUUUUAUAUACAUAUUUCAUUGCCGCCUUAUUGGGGCGUCAAAUGUUACCCGAUAUGCCAGAUCACAAUGGCCGAAAUGACUACGAUUUAUAUUUUCCACUGUUUACAGCGUUACAGUUUGUUUUUUAUGUCGGUUGGCUGAAAGUUGCUGAAGUGCUAAUCAAUCCAUUUGGUGAAGAUGACGAUGAUAUUGAACUAAACUGGUUAAUUGAUAGACAUAUUAAGGCCGCUUACAUGAUUGUCGAUGAAAUGCAUGAAGAACAUCCCGAACUGUUGCGUGAUCAGUAUUGGGAAUGUGUGGUUCCCAAAGAUCUGCCCUAUACCGUAGCCUCGGAACACUAUCGCAAAGAUGAGCCCAAGGGAUCGGCGGAAAAUUACAAAGUGAAAAAAGAAGAUGCCAUGUAUGCAAAUAUUGUGCCCGGUGGUGGAAAACGUGUUAUAUCCGAUGAUGUUUAUGCUGAUUAUGAAAGUGUUGAUACACCCAUGGUGGAGCGCCGCAAAAAAAUGUGGUUUGUACGCCAACUGUCACGCAUGGGUUCGAUGCGCAGCCAAUCGACCGCCUAUUCAUCGGGCGGUAUGGCCUUUAAUCGCAAUCGUUUGAAUUCUGUGUACUCGAGCCCAGAGUCUGGUUUACCCAUGACUAUUGUGCAACAGCAGCAGCUACAACAACAGCAGCAGCAACAAAAUGCUCAGCAACAACAGCAUCAACUGCAAUCAAAACCAAGUUUAUACGAUAAGUUCGUGCAUCGUAAGUCUCUGCGAGCUCACAGACAGCUGAUAAAGCAAAACUCUCGUAUGAAUGGUUUAAGUGUAAAUUCUUCAAAAACUCGACCUCGUAUACCUACUCCUGAUGUUACCAAGGAAACUUUGGAUAAAGAAACGGCAAAUGCAACCAAUGCAAAUACAGCGGUUAUUAUGACACCACCUUUAAAUACACAAACCACAAUGUAUCCUUAUACAAGCACAACAAUAAAUAAUGGUCAAGAUGGUCAAGUGUUGGGCACAUUAUUAUUAUCACCGAUUAAAGAAAUGGAUAGUUCAUCAUCGAAUAACACUUUGAUUCCAGGACAUCCAAAUACAGCGGCACUGGCCCAGGCAGUAUUACCCACAAAUUUAACUAAUAACAUUCCUGUCACCUCCAAUAUAACAACGUUAUCUUUCCCCUUCACGGUUACCACCAGUCCUACCGACACCUCAGCUACUUUAAAUAUUCUACCCAUCUCCUCUUCACAAAUACCCACUAUAACUACCACUCAGUCCAACUUUGAUGGCAAUGAUGUCUUAACCUUGUCCAUACAAAGAUCGCCCUCAGCGGUUUCCAUAACCGAUUUAAAUUUUAACGAUAAACUCGAUAACAAUAAUACCGCUACGGCUAUGUUAUCGGUGAAACCAUUAAAUGGCGGUGCUAACAUAUCGCGCAAUAACAGUUUCAAUGGCAACUUAAAUUUAAAUAUUUCCGAUUCAUAUCUACUAGAACGUAGACAUUCAAUGCGUUCAGAGGGUCGACCCGACUCCAUCGACAACACACUGCAGAAUAAUGCAACAGUGUCGCUAACUCAAACUGGUAAAGAUAAAAAUCCUAUAAAUACUACAAAUACCGCUACAGCCACCUCGGCACCAUCUACACUGGCUAAACGUCCGCCGGAACAAAAAACCGGGGAGGUUUAUGUUUAAUAAGUAUUUUUAAAUUAAAUUGUUAUGUUAUAAAUGUAUAGAAAAAACCGUUAACUAAAGCCAUUCAUCCAUCCAUUUAAAAAAAAAAUAUAUAGUUUUAAAUUACUUAUACAUUAAAUAACAAAAAGGUUGUGACAAUGAAUCUUAAAUUAUUAUGUUUUUUUAAAGAAAUAUACAAAAAUGUAUUUUUGUAUUUUAAAUUUUAGUUGUUUAAUAUCCUUGAGAAGGAUAAUAAUGUUUAUAUGUAACUAUAUAUAUUGUAAUAAAGUUAAUUGUAUAUUUAGAAUAAGAUAUUAUAAA